UCUAGCGCAAAACAGUCGAAAUUGUCAGCUCGUUGGCAGAGCAUCGCAGUAGCUCUCCUUUAGUUUAACUUUUAGUGCCCACUGGGACCACAUUUGGAUCCACAAACCCACCGAGGACUUUACACAACAGUUAAUAUGGCCAAAAUAUUGAUCAGUGCUUUAUUGUGCGUUGCCAUGUUUGGCUCGAUGGUUCUUGGCUCUCCGGAAUGCCCCACGCCCAAUGGUCGAUUUGCAGCGGGGGAUCAGUGCGAUGCGUACACAGAGUGCCAGGAUGGUGUGCCCGUGGCUAAACUUUGUCCGGAUGGACUGCUCUUCCAUCAGCGCACCAAGGCCACUGGUGAGUGCACCUAUGCCCCUUACUCCACCUGCAAGGAGCGGGCUCGUCUGCAGCCGGCCAAUGGUACGGAUGAGUGCCCCCGGCAAUUUGGUUUCUAUCCCAAUGGAGACGCCACCAAGUGUGGAGUGUACCGCAACUGUGCCCAUGGAGUGGCCAGCCUGACCAAGUGCCCCGAGGGAUUGGCCUUCAAUGAGGAGACCUACCAGUGCGACUGGCCCGAUCUAGUGGCCGACUGCAAUGCCGAGGCCUAUCUGGGCUUCAAUUGCCCCGCCGCCGAUGCCCUCGAUGGAACCGCACCCGAGGUGGAUGUCAGUCCGGAGGGGGAGCUGCGCUACUAUCGCCAUCCGCAGACCUGCAAGAAGUACUUCGUCUGCGUCAACGGGCAUCCAAGGCUCUACAAUUGCGGCAAGUAUCUGGCCUUCAACUCGCAGUCCAAGCUGUGCGACUUCUACAACAAGGUGCCCGAGUGCUAUGCCCUGCUCAAGGAGAAGCAACGCCUGAAGGCGGAGAAGCUGGGUCCCCAGGUGGCCCAGACCGAGGCCUAGGCUCUUGGAGAAUCCCAUGGGAUCCAAUCGCAGAGGCUGCAUAGAUAUACCCUUCCUGUGCAAUGAUUAUUAUCUUGUAAAUAUGUAUGUGCUUGUUGUUUAUGCAUUGCAAUAAAUAAGUAAUCUAUAUAUAAAUGUAAA